CCCUGCUGGUCUCCUUACAGAGAACUGGUAGGCUGAGAUGUGAUUUUCACGAAAGAAAACGAUUGUAAUAAACAGUGUACAAUGUUAUUAUCAAGAAGACUGAUGGAACAUUUACAUCAUGAAGAGAAAUAUACACGAGCAUGUCGACAGAGCAUUCUAUGCCGUUGUUAAUUUGAAACCACACGAGUGGAAUAAACCGGUGUCCUCAAAGUCGUCUGCCACAGGUCUGAUUCACUUGGUUAACUAACUAGUGGAACUUGUGUUACUACAGUAACAAGUAGAGUCAUGUUAUUUCUAAACGUUAUGAUUGACAGUUACGUUAUGUAUACUUUAUUUCAAAGAUGUAAUGAGUAAAUGUACGGACUUUGAAUCUAGCUCGUGCUAACUUUGUGCGCGUGUACGACAACAUGCUCGUGUUAGUACUGGUUUGUGGUGAAUUUGGUAUGCGUGGAUGACUUCAACGGAUUAACGAGUAUUUGGCGUCCAGUUCAUACAGUUCACACUGUGAAUCAGGGCAGAGAAGGUGGCCAUGUGGGUAGUGCCCCGGUCUCUCCUGGCCCUGACUGGCCAGCUGCCCUGGCUGCUUCUGCUUCUCCUGGCCGUACUCGCUCCCUGGAAUGUCCUCGGUGCUGAAGAGCUGAAGCCCACUCGAUGGCCCCUGUUCUCCCAGAAACCUUUGCUACUCGCAUGGAACGCGCCCACGGAGGACUGUGCCCCCCGGCAUCGCGUGCGUUUCCAACUGGACCAGUUCCAGAUCGUUGCAUCGCCAAAUGAGGGCUUCGUCAGGCAGAACCUGACCAUCUUCUACAAGGACCGGCUGGGGCUGUACCCAUAUUACGAGCGCGACGGCACCGCCGUAAACGGUGGGCUGCCGCAAGCCGCCAGUCUCAUGGAGCACCAGGAGAAGAUGCCCGACGCCGUGAGGAGAUACAUCCGUGAACCGGGCGCCAAAGGACUCGCCGUCAUCGAUUGGGAGGAGUGGCGCCCGCUGUGGAUACGCAACUGGGACGUCAAGGAUGUGUACCGUGACCGAUCACGGCAACUGGUGGCGAAGAAAAACCCGGACUGGCCCCCGGAGCGCGUGGGGAAAGUGGCCCAGCAGGAGUUUGAGCUGUCCGCCCGGAAGUUCAUGCUGGAAACACUGAGGCACGCCAAGAGCCUGCGGCCCAACCAGCUAUGGGGCUUCUACCUGUUCCCAGACUGCUACAACCACAACUACCGGAGCAGCCUGCAGAACUACACCGGCCGGUGUCCUGACGUGGAGAUGGCCCGUAACGACCAGCUCGCUUGGCUGUGGACUGAGAGCACGGCCCUGUUCCCCUCCGUCUACAUGGGCGAGGUGCUGCGCUCCACCACAUUCGGGAGGCAGUUCGUCCGCAACCGGGUGAAGGAGGGGAUGCGGCUGGCAUCGGUGGGCGACGGGCUGGCACGGCCGGUUUUCGUCUAUACACGGCCCACGUAUGCCAACGAGCUCACUCCGUUGACUGAGACAGACCUGGUCUCCACCAUUGGUGAGAGUGUGGCCCUGGGAGCGGCUGGGGUCAUUGUCUGGGGAGACCACACCUAUGCCAGCAGCAAUGCCAGCUGCUCCAGUCUGAACCAGUAUCUGCGAGGCCCGCUCGGCCGCUACCUCCUCAACGUCUCCACCGCGGCGGAGCUUUGCAGCCAGAAGCUGUGUGGCUUUCAUGGCCGCUGCCUCCGCCGAAGCCCGGACACCGACGCCUACCUGCACCUCAGCCCGCUCACCCACAGCAUCAGCAGCCGGGAGGGCAGGCUGAAGGUGACGGGGCAGCCGGGCCAGGCGGAGCUGGCCGGGUACAGGCAACACUUCCAGUGCCAGUGCUACAGCGGGUACCGGGGCGAGGGCUGCGCCCUGAGGGUUCUGGGGAACGCCGGCUCCGCGCCAGGCUGGAGAGUCUGGUCCACUCUGACCCUGCUCCUCCCUCUGGGUCUCCUCACACUGCUGCACUGACGGAGGCUGGCAGGAGUUGCCCACUGUCGCAUUACGGGGGAGGAGGAUGCCGCCACGUCUCGGUUCUGGUCCCGGCCUCUACUGGUCAGGGACGGGCGCCCCGCUUCUCUGUUGGACUAGGCCGUAUGUAGGAGAGGACAUGGAUGUCGCCGUCUCCCUCACGGGAGCACAGAAGGGACUGAAGAUACCUUUCAGUACCUGUCAGUUAACCACACAAGUUGAAUGGGCAGCAUUACAAGUGGGCAAAACCGUAGGCCUUUCAUUUUUUACUUUCUGUUGGGGUCGUGCACCGGUGGAACUCUGUGUGGCAGAAAUGAUGGUCUCACGCCGAACUCAUCUGUCUUUCCCUUCACCAGAGCUGGAGGACAUCUUGAGCUUGUAACCUGUGCUAGAACAAAGAUGCCUGUAAGGUGAAUGAAACUUCAGUUUUAUUAUUGUGUGUGUUCGAACGUAUUACUUUAAAUGAAUGUAGGGCUCCUAGUGAGACUGUAGGGUCAGAAUUUCACUUUCUCGUCUUUGUGUUGUUUUUUUGUGGAAAUGAGGGAAUUGAGUAACCUCAACAGCAACAUUUCUGUAAAUGUUAUGCCACUGUGAAGCUUCUGUCCAAAGACAACGGUGCUGUCCUUAGAUGGUCCUACCACUUGGGUAGGUGGUUAUCCUGUCACCCAGUUCUAACAUAAGCAGAGAUGCCAAUGACACGAGGAAAAUCCUAACAUUUUCUUUUAAUGUAUCUUUUUGUAUUACUCUCUUUUUCUAUGGUCAUUUUUUUAUACCUCUAGUUGCAGUGGAAUAUUUCUGGAAUAUUUGGAAUUGACUGCUUGAUUGGAAUAUUCAUGACAUUCAGUGGUUUACAGUGAGGGAAAAAAUGAUUUGAUCCCCUGCUGAUUUUGUACAUUUUCCCACUGACAAGGAAAUGAUCA